AUGCAAAUAAAUCACAAGAACUCUGAGAGUUCUAACAAACAUUUAAAUGUUAAAUUAGAAAAGAACGAUCUGACUAAACAUAUUGAAGAAGAUAUUAUUACCUCCUCAAUACGACAGCGUCAUCCCACUUUCAAUAACAGUUCUGCAACUCAAGCAAUGUUAAUAAAUAACGAUGGCAGAUUACAACCUAGACAGUUAAACAGAUCAAAAUAUCGGUAUUUGGUGAUAGUAUCAGUUCUUAUUUUAUUUUGUUCAUUUGAAGCACUUUUUAAAAAUAAUCCUAAAUCUGAUGAAGGUUUUAACUAUGAAAAUGAUAAAGAAACAAAAGUAAUGUCUGAACAUCAUUUUAAGAUUCAUAAUCUCGGUGUAACAGUGGGCAAAAGUGGUAUUGUUGCUCAAAAUAGAAAACCAAUUAAAGAUGAACUUAACGAGUUAGAUAAAAAAAUAGAAAGUGCAAGUGAUGAACUUGAAAUAUUUCAUCAUCGAUCAGGGAAAUUUCUUUUGUUACUUGCAAAUAGAAUAGAAGAACCAUCUUUAAAAGAAAUUGAAAAUUCUAUUCGUGAGCAUCUCAAUGUGAUAGAAAAACAAAUAUCCAGACUUCAGGAACAACUUGAUAAAGUUAUAGAAUCCUUUUCCCUAGUUCAGAGAAGUACAAAAUCUGCGCGUGGGUAUCUUAUUGAUGGUGAACGUGAAGCUGAGGAGGCCUUGAAAAAACACUGGUCAAGAAUCGUCAUUGAUUCUAUAUUACGAAAGCGAACAGAGUCAGAACUUAAACAAAUAGAAGAUAUGUCAAGUGAUAUUCAGGCUGUUCAAAAAAUACCAACUACAAAAGAUAUAAAAUGUUUAGAAAAUGCGGUCAUUAAUCUUAAAAAGCAACAUACAAAAUUCUCUUCUGCAGAGAGGCAAUUAGUACACAUGCCAACAGAUUCUUCUUAUUUUGGUAGAAAUAAUCCUCGAAACAUAGAAUGUACUGAAUUUACAGCAAUGAUUGAUAAGCCUAAUAAUGCGUAUCUGAAAAAAAUAAGAAUUUGGUCAUCAGAUAUAGUCAAUAACAUUGGAUUCUUUUAUUCUGAUGAUACAUAUGACAUAUACGGUGCACCAGGUGAUGAUGAUCAUUAUGAUUUUGAUUGGCAUAAAGGUGAAAAAAUUAAACAUAUUCUUGUGCGAAUUGAAACUGUAUUGUAUGCAAUCCAAUUUCAUACUGAUCGAGGUCGUGAUUCUGAAUGGCAUGGUGAAACCAUUUAUGGUAUUUAA